CGACAGACAUGUGCGUGCAGCCGGAAAAGCAAAGUUUUUUGUGUCUUCGUUUUGUUAUUGGUGGCUGAUAUUCAAUUAUUCAUAACCCAAUUGUGUUAUCUCGUUCGUUUCGUUUGUUCGUUCUACAGUUGAAUCUGCUGCUUUAGCUGCUGCAGCAGCAGCUUGUUGAAUGGACUGUAGUAAAAGAGAAUGAACAAGUUGUCUGUCGUGAUGCAAGCAAAUAGCAAUCCAGGACUGUCCUGUUCGUCUUCGUUGUGGCGUCCCAUCUUUGUGGAAAAUUUUGUAUAUAAUUCCACAAAGAUCCGAGGGGAGGUGGGACAGGACAAAAUAACAGCUGAAGAUCAUCUGUAAGUAUGUAUGUAGUAGCAGCACCUCAAUCUCAGUAUGGAGGGGAUCCUUUUGUUAAUUCAUUCUCUAAACCUGAACGACUGGGGGAUCCUUUUGUUAAUUAGGGUCGAACUGGGAACGUAGAAUGAAGAAUGCUUGGCAAUUGUUUAUUAUCUCUCCAGCUCCAUGGAAUAUUGGAAUUCAACCAUCACACAGUAUGUACGGCCCCUUCUAUCUAGGAGAUUUGGCAAAAAUAUUCGUAACCGUGAAUAUCCGCCCGAAUCCGACCUAACCGGGUAGGGUAAAACUCGAACCCGAAUGACUUUUAGUGGGUAUGGGUAAAACUCGAAACCGAAUAUUGCGGGUAAUGGGUGGGCAUGAUUUUGGCAAUAUCCAACCCGAACCCGCCCGAUUAUACACAUGCACGUGUAUUUUAUCUAGAAAAUCAUUACUUUUCUCUAACAUAUUUUUUAUUUAGAAUAUAAACAUAAUAUUUUUUAUGUAAUUGUGUUGUUUUAAUUAAUUUUCUACAUUCUAGUGAAUAAUUGUCGUGCUUUUCCUCUUAUAUAAUGUGAGAAUACGUGUGAAUGUUAACAUAUUUGUUGGAGUUAUAAAGAGAUUUUUUUACCCAUGGAUAUCCGUGGAUACCCGAAACCCGAACGGCCAUGGGGAUGAUUUUAAUUUUCUACCCAUUUUUAUAGUGGGUAUGGGCAUGGGUAAAACCCGAAAUAUUUUGGGUAAGGUAAUGAAUAUGCACUAUCCGCGCCCAACCCAACCCGUUGCCAUCCCUAGAUUGUACUUACCGGAUGAUAAGUCAGUGAUUGUAUAUCAUAAAACCGUAGUGAAAAUCAUAAAAUUGUAUACAAAAUUGUACCGGAUGAUAAGUUAGUGAUAAAUAUUCUGUGGAAAAAAUCAUGGUUCAAUAAUAAUCUCACAUUUGUAAAAUUAAAUACUGGUAUGAACUCUGAUAAAAAAUAAAAAAAAUCGGUUCGACCAUCUAAACGUUAGGGUUUAGCAAACACUGCUAUUUGUAAUUUGAGAAUAGUGAAAACGAGUACAAGGAAUCCGUUUUACAAGAUUCAAAAACGGUCUUCAUUUUUCUGAGUUGCCUUCUAUACACUAUACUACUAGUUGUAAAGUAUAAAGGUCAUGCGAGCCAUCUUGUGUACCAUAAACAUCCCGCUUAGUAUGGUGGCUUGUUUUUGUUGUAUGCUAUGUUUUUAAAAAAUUAUGGAAACCAAGAGAAGAAAAAAAACAUGUUCAAUUAGGUCACUGAAUUUGGUUUUUGGUUUUUACAAAUACAAACGUAAAAAUGGGUCUUGGUAGCUUAUUCAUCUAUAUAUAUAGAAUGUGGAACACUCUAGGUAACAAAUAAUGGAUUGAUUCCAAGAAGUACUUGAUUUUAGAAACAACAUUGGAUGAAAAUGGAAGUCGGUGCACGUACUACAACGUUAAUAGAAUGCAAUAUAUUGUAUCGUGUCGUUACCUGUAAAGUAUGAGUAUACGUAGAAUUCAUAAUUGCACAUGGAUGCUUAAAUUAUUAGAAUCAUUGAAGCUAAAAAAACUUGGGUAGAAAAAACAUUUAAUAAUGCGUCAUAAAAAGUGAAUUCGAUGUAAAAUUUUUCCACUUAUCUUGAUGCAAAUGUAUUAUUAUUAUUAUUAUUAUUAUUGAAUUUUAAAAAAAUAUUAUACUUACUAUCCAAAAUGUUUGCGAGCAAAGGCCAUUGGCCCGCAUUUCCGCCCAUGUACUCACUCACUGUCAAGGUAUAAUAACAUCGAAUAUCAAGAUUCAAGAAAUACUGCUAUAGUAUGCAAAAAAAAAAAAAACAUAAAAAGAAAGAUUCAGUUGAAUCUAAUUUCUAAAAUAGUAUCAAAUCUACGAACGUAUUCUUCGAUUUAAUCAACCAACCAGUAUUUCAAAUUACUUUUAUCAAAUCUGGUGCUCUUUUUGCUGUGGUUGAAGAUCUGAAUUCUAAGCUGGGGCAACUCAAAAAGAGUGAGGAAAGUUUUUAUUGGCAGAAGGCUCGAGUUAACCAUCUGAAGCUGGGGGAUCAGAGCACAAGGUUUUUUCACCAAUCAGUGAAAAUAAAGACUGCUAAAAAGGCUAUACGAAAGUUAAUUCUUGAUGGGGGUGAAGAGAUAGUGGAAAUGGAGGAUAUUGCUACUGAGGCAGUAAGAUUUUAUAAGGUUCUGUUUGGAUUUAUUGACCCUGAGGUACAUCCUGAUAAACCGUCCCUUGAGUCUCUGGUGUUGCAGAGAUUGAGUGAAGAACAGAAGGUCUUCCUAUGCCAGGAGUUCACUACAGAUGAUGUGAGACAAGUUGUUAUGGGUAUGAGCUCUCACAGGGCCCCAGGCCCCGAUGGUUACUCAGCAGGUUUUUACAAGAGGACAUGGGGGAUUGUGGGAGAAGACAUUACCUCAGGGAUCCUGCAAUUCUUCUCUAUAGGUAAGCUCCCUAGUAGUAUUAAUUCUACUGCUGUGUCACUAAUACCUAAAGUUGCCUCUGCCUGUAGACUGAAAGAAUUUAGGCCAAUCUCCUGUGUGAAUAUAAUCUACAAAAUUAUUGCCAAAUUGCUUGCAAAUAGAUUGAAAAAGGUCCUGGCUACUGUUGUUAGUGGGAAUCAGUCGGCUUUUAUAGAGGGAAGAAGGAUCGUUGAUAAUAUUUUAAUGGCCCAGGAGUUAGUAAGUGGAUAUCACAAGAUUACCUUAUCUUCUAGAUGUGCUAUCAAGGUAGAUCUAAUGAAAGCAUUUGACUCAGUUCAUUGGGGAUACCUGUUCCUAAUGAUGGAUGUAAUGGGCUUCCCUUCAAGGUUCAUCUAUUGGAUCAGGUUGUGCAUUAAAACAGCAAAGUUUAGUAUAUGUAUAAACGGUGGGCUGUGUGGUUUCUUUGGAGCACAGAGGGGGGUGAGACAGGGUGAUCCCCUCUCACCUUACCUGUUUACAAUCGCUAUGGAAGGACUUUCUCUCCUUUUGAAUCGAGCUGCUGCAGAAGGUACUCUACCUUUUCACCCACAAUGCAAGAGAGUUGGCUUGACACACCUGUGUUUUGCCGACGAUCUACUCAUCUUCACAGAGGGAUCAGGACAUGCUAUACAUAGGGUUCAGGAGAUUUUAAAAGAGUUUCAUUCCAUUUCAGGGCUGAAGUGCAAUCCAAGUAAAUGUGAAGUUUACUUUGGUGGGAAGUCAGUACUGUUCAAGCAGGCAACACUGCAGAUUUCAGGGUUUGCAGAAGGAGAGUUACCUGUCAGAUACUUAGGGGUUCCUCUUCUCUCUGGAAAGCUGCCUUCUAGCGAGACAGACAAACUAGUGGCCAUCAUCACGAAGAAAAUCCAGUCUUGGCGGGCUAAAAAACUCAGUUAUGCUGGGAGGCUGCAACUGAUUUCCUCAGUUCUGAUGGGUACAUUGCAAUACUGGAUGCAAAUAUUCAUCUUACCUAAGAAAGUUAUCAAGCAAGUCCAAAUGUUGUGUUCUAGGUUUCUCUGGCAUGGGGGAGAAGAAGGUCGUGCAAAGGUAGGUUGGGAUAAGAUGGCAAGGCCUCGAGGGGAAGGAGGAUUGGGACUGCGUGAUUUAUGUGCCUGGAAUAGGGCUUGUACAGUCAGGUUUCUCUGGCUGUUUCUAAUGAAGAGUGGUGCUAUCUGGGUUGCAUGGUUUCAACACUAUAAGGUCAAGAAUCGCAGUAUCUGGACAGUUUCUGACUGCCCAAGCAGCUCCUGGGCCUGGAGGAGGAUACUAAAACUAAGAGGUAUGAUUCAACCAUUACUGAUGCUGCAUAAUUCACAAAUCAUGUGGGACAACAAACCUAUGCCUGUGUUCAAGGUGAGUGUAGUCUGGAACACACUAAGAGUCAAGCAUGCGGAGGUAGUAUGGGGUAAGCUUGUCUGGGGAAAGAAUUACGUCCCCCGAAACAGUUUCCUAACCUGGAUGGUCAUGUUGGAUGGGAUGGUGACUAAGCAGAAGCUGUUGACAUGGGGGAAACAAACCGAUGGAUUAUGUGUAUUAUGUGGAAAUGCAAUUGAAACUCGUGAGCAUUUGUUUUUUGCGUGUGGUUUCUCAAAUCAGGUGGUCAGGGAGUUGCAGAUGGGUGUGCUCUGUUGUAGAUCUUGGGAGGAUACUGUGACAGUAGGUAUAGCCUGCUGCAAAAGGCCGAGGAUGGGCAGGAUGACGAGCUUAAUAUGGUGUCUCUGUUGUGCAGGAAUCUGGAAGGAACGUUGUCGUCGGUUGUAUGGCAAUGUCAGGAAACCAAUGGAGGAUUUUGUCAGGGAACUUAAGAGUGACUUGAGAGUCAUUUGUGCUGAUAACGAUGAGCUUCUUAAAGGUUUGCAGCUACUGGGUUUGCAGGGGAGUAUUGUCUAAAGUGGCUGGAUUUCGAAGGUUGCAUUCUGUGGAGGUGUAGUAGGAAGAUGUUUUUGCUUGUGAUUGGCUUAGGGCUGCUCUUAGUGAGCUUUCCUUUCGUUGUAUUUGUUAACCAUUUGUUCUUGUAAAUGGUUUGCCUUUUGGGUUUAAUAAAAAGGGGAACAGAUU